CCCGAAACUCAUCGUCAGAUUCAUUGUGCUAUCGUGAUGUGCCCAAUACUCGGAUCCAUACUCGGUAUGAGUAAAAGUAGUCCAAACCGUCUGAAAUUUCUCAGACCUACUACAGUCUUCUGGUACUUACCUCCUGGCGGACCUGGCCAACUCUAGCAUUUUUCGCUGCUUGUCAAUUAUCGUCACGUUACCGUUGCAGAAGCGAAGCAGAACCAAACAAAGGUGUGAUAUGGCACUUCGCUCCUACACUGUUUCAGUGGACGGCAGCAUACCUAUCCAAGCCCUUUUAUACGAAGACGAGGAGCUUUUUUCCAGUCAAGAUGGGGUUGGAAUCUACAAUGGCAUACAGAAAUCCCGAGAUCAUCAAAACGGCGUUGUUCAUGCAACGAGCCAUCGCAUCUUCUACAUCGAUGCGCAAUAUAGCAGAGCGCAUUCAUUUGCCCUUGAUCUCAACUUCGUAGUGCAGACCGAAUACUACGCGGGUUUGUUCAAAUCAUCGCCCAAGGUCACACUCCACCUUUCCGGAAGAACAGUCACGUCGGGUAUUUCUACCCCUCAAUCUGGAUUCGAAAGCUGGGAAUGCGAAGUUUGCGCCUUUCGUAACCCUCCUGGACUUAGUCCUACUGCGGCUCGAGUAUGUGGAUUAUGCGGGGUUCCUCGCACCGUCAUGCCAGAAACCACUGCUCCGGUCUCUCUUGCACAGCAAAAUUUAUCGACUCCGCUCCCUUCGACCGUUUCACCCGCAUUAUCAUCCAGUCAAGACUCUGUCGCUUGUUCUGUUUGUACAUUUCUCAACCAUCCAUCUUUGCGAUCAUGUGAGAUGUGUUCAACAGAGCUUCCUCGAGUCAGACGGGAAUCUCUUCCCCCUUCCCGCCUCCCUUCUCCCGAUUUAGAAGAUUCUGACCCUUCCUCGCCAAAGUCAAUAAAGAUCAGUUUUCGAAAGGGGGGUGACAAGGCGUUUUACAGCCUGCUCAAACGCAGUCUUCAGAGCAAAGCGUGGGAGGCGAACGGGGCUGCGUCCAAGUCAAAAAUUGCUUCAAACAGCAUUGAAUCUGAUACCGCCUUGAACGGAACAACCUCUGGCAUCUCGGGAAUUCUCAAAACGGUAGAAACAUCUGCGCAAGGAAGAGCAACCCACAUGCAAGAAUCCUUGCAAGAUUUGGAGGCGUUCAUGAUAAAAGCCAAGGAUAUGGUACAGCUGGCGGCAGAACUCAAUGAGAAGCUGACUGCAGCUUCGUCAUCCACCUCCAAUGCGUCUACAUUAUCACACGCGUCACCUAUGUCGUCCUCUGCCACUUUGGUAGCAUCCACUGAACCAGAAGAGGCGACCUUCAUCCGCUCCUCACUUUCUCAGCUCGGGUUACAGAUGACUAACACGCCCGUAACUCUCGAUAUGAUGAAAGAUGAGAGGCGAUGGUUUGAAGAGCUCGCUCGUGAGUUCGCCCGCGUUCUUCAGGGGUCAACGCCUCCCAAAGAAGGUUCCGGCGGCAUGAUGAGAAAUCGGGGAAUGAUCGCGCUUGACGAAGUGUGGGGUGGGUGGAAUCGUGCUCGAGGUGUCGCGCUAAUACCUCCGUCAACGUUUCUUCAGGUCAUCCCCUUGCUUCCGAGCUGCACAAAUCCCCCAAUUCGAUUGCGUACCUUCCCAUCGGGCCUGAAUGUCCUUCAUACACCCCCAUACACACGGGAGGCAUUCGCCGCGCGACUUUCUAGAUUUUUGGUUAUGAUGGGCCCGAAGACCACUAUACAAGUGGCGCUCCAGGAGAAUCUUACGGUAAGCCUCGUCGCCGAAAUGAUCGAUAUUGGGGAAAGCGAGGGGGAUGUGUGUCGAGAUGACGCCAGUGCUGCAAUUAGUGGCGGUGGGAGCGGUACCGGUGGCGAAGUGCGAUGGUGGCCCAAUCUGUUCCUUGGAUAUACCUGGGAUGGACAGAUUUAAUUUAUCUUCAGGUACGUGCAGGAAUGGGACUGCUAUGUAUAGUGUUCGUGUGACUUGAAGGAUAGAAUGGAAGCGAAUACCAGAUC